AGAACAUAUCAACAUGUCUGCCAGAGGAGGAAAGUCCGGAAAAGUUCGCGCUAAGGCCAAGAGCCGUUCAUCCCGUGCCGGGCUCCAGUUCCCGGUCGGCCGUGUUCACAGGCUGCUGAGGAAGGGAAACUACGCUGAGCGAAUCGGUGCUGGAGCUCCCGUCUACCUGGCUGCUGUUCUCGAGUACCUGACUGCUGAGAUCCUCGAGCUGGCAGGAAACGCUGCCCGCGACAACAAGAAGACCAGAGUCAUCCCCCGUCACCUUCAGCUGGCUGUCCGCAACGACGAGGAGCUCAACAAGCUGCUGGGAAAAGUCACCAUUGCUCAGGGAGGAGUUCUGCCCAACAUCCAGGCUGUUCUGCUGCCAAAGAAGUCUGAGACGAAAGGCGGCAAAGCCAAGUAGAAACAAUCUACUCCAUA